AUGACAUUCCUGAUGUGCGGCAGCAGUAACCGUGGUCACCCAUUGACAGGUGGAGGGGACGUUCGCAAAGCUGGUUUCACAACGGAGCGGAACCGAAUUUUGGCCAUCUCACCAUAUUGUUCACUCACGCCCACCAUGACGCCCGACACCAACGGGGACGGUAACACAAAUCAUAUUUAUUUUUUGGAUGAGGGAGAAGACAUCUCACUAAAAGGAUCAGACAAUCCUGGAGAUGGUCCUGUUGUCUGGAAAUGGAAACCACACUCAGGGCAAGAAAUCCAACAGCUGGUUACUUUUUGGAGAGACAGAUCGGGCUGGUGGAGUGCAGAAUGGAGCCAACAAUUUAAAACCAGCAAGUUGUUCCGGUGGAUAAUAAAUGAUCGGAAUACCAUUAACCUGAGAAUUCGCAAUCCCAUAAUUCAAUUUGCUGGAUUGUUCACCUUGACUCGGACACAGCCAAGAAAUGAAAUCCUGAAACAUUAUGAAAUAUUUGGGAUCAAAGCUGAAGCAAGUCCACAGUGGGCUCUGGUGGGCAGUGACAUCACUCUCAGUUGUACCAUCUCCAGUCUCUCAGAUACAGUCAGUCUUCACUGGAAACAGAGAGACUCUUCUCAGCAGAACAGGAGGAAAACUGAUCAGAUCCGACUAAAUAACACAGCCUAUCUGAUGGUCAAACAUGUUACAGUAGAGGAUGGGAACUUGUAUGCGUGUGAAGUGAAGGAAAAUGGAUCCAAUGUUAUCACAGGAAAUGUAGAUAUUUCUUUGGACGAAUAUUUACAUGGGAAGAGUUACAUUCUUUAUCGCUCAGGCACAGAUCACAGUGAACUCUACCUGAUUUGUUAUCGUUAUUAUAAGAGUAAUUUUCACACUGCCGCAUGGAGUUGGAUGUCACAUCAUCUUCCAAUUUUGGAGGAAACAAUAGCAUCUGUAUCCAAUUCCCAGGUCAUCAAUGCAAACAGUGUCCACUUUGAGAAUCGACUGGUCCCCACAGUGGCAAAUUUUAAUGGUGCGAACUUCAGUGUGAGGAUUGUCCCUGUUCUGUUUGAAGAUGCUGGAGUUUACAAAUGUUCUCUGGGAUCAAGUAAAAUGGUGACCAUUAAAUUAAUCACAGUUAAAGUGACAUCUGAACCAUCUGAUGCAGUGACUGAGGGAGACACCAUUACCCUGACCUGCUCUGUUUCUGAUGUCACUGAAUCAAUGAGACUUGUUUGGAUCGAUAGUGAUGGCAAAACUGUUGUAGAGAAAACAUUGAAUGGAUGGAACAGGGAAGAGAAAUCAUUGAAACUGACUAUUCUGAAAGCUGAGAGAGGCAGAGGGAAGUGGAUUUGUGUUUUGUUUCAUCAAAACAAGCCCCAGGUUUCUGCCCCAUAUUAUCUGGAACCCAGCGGAAGUCAGAAUGAUAUUUAUUUUUUCCAUGAGGAAGGUUUCUUUGUAUUGAAAGGACCAGACAAUCCUGGAAAUGGCUCCAUUGUCUGGGAAUGGGGACCACAUUCUGGGAACCAAACUACAAAACAAUUGGGAACUUUUCACAAAGAUGAUCAGCGGUGGGCUGUACAAUGGAGUGAUGAGUACAUUAAUAAACCAGACAUUUCUCAGGGCAUCCAUGAGGUCUGGGGAACUCUUAAUCUGGGAAUCAGAAACCCCACGUUUAACCUUGCGGGAAUGUUCACCUGGAGCCAGUCACAGCCCAGGAAGAAAAUCCUGAAACAGUAUGAAGUAUUUGGGAUCAAAGUUGAGAUCAAUUCCCAGAGGCCUGUAAUGGGCAGUGACAUCACCCUCAGUUGUACCAUCUCCAGACUCUCAGAUACAGUCAGUCUUCACUGGAAACAGAGAGACUCAUCUCAGCAGAACGGGAGGAAGAACACUGAUGAGAUCCAUCUGAAUAACACUGUCUAUCUGAUAGUCAGACAUGUUGGAGCAGGAAAUCAGAAUCUGUAUACAUGGGAAGUGCAGGAAAAUAACUCCACUGUUCUCACUGGAAACACAAGUGUUGAUGUGGAUUGGGAUUUACACAAUAAGACAUACACACUUUAUCGGUCAAGCACAGAUCACAGUGAGCUCGACCUGAUUUGUGAAGCUCAUUCUGAGUCCAGUAAAACUAAAUGGACCUGGUCAUCAUGUUAUUUGCAGAUUCAAGACAAAGAAAUAUCUUCUACUUACAAAUCUCAGUCCAUUGAUCUAAACAGGACCUACUUUGGAAAUCGUCUGGCCCCCACAAAGACAAAUUUUAAUGGCAAGAAUUUCAGUGUGAGGAUUGUCCCUGUUCUGUUUGAAGAUGCUGGAGUUUACACAUGUCUUUUGGGGAAAUAUAAAAUGGUGACCAUUAAACUAAUCACAGUUAAAGUGACAUCUGAACCAUCUGAUGCAGUGACUGAGGGAGACGCUAUUACCCUGACCUGCUCUGUCUCUGCUGUCACUGAAUCAAUGAGACUCGUUUGGAUCAAUAGUGAUGGCAAAAAUGUUGUAGAGAAAACAUUGAAGAAACAGAAACAGGAACGGGGUUUGUUACAGCUGAUUAUUCAGAAUGCCGUCCGAGACAGAAGGAACUGGACAUGUGUCUUGUUUCAUCAAAACAUUCCCAAGCUUUUAAUUCCACAUUAUCUGAAAGUUAACAAUGCUCACACUUUUCAGCACACCAGUGUUGUUAUUUUUGCGAGCCUGGCUUUUCUCCUUCUCAUUAUCCUGGCAGUGGUGCUGAGGUUAAAGUGCAAAGCUGCAGGUUUGGAAAGUCCAAGAACAAAAGCUCUGCAACCAGGAGAAAAUACAGAAGAUGCAUCUCAGCUUUAUUCAAGUCUUCAUGAAAUUCAGCAAAAGCAAGGUGAUAAUGAGACUGAGGUGCCUGAGACGAGUGGAUUCGAUGAAUAUGCAGUUAUCAGUAGAAAGGCAGAAAAAGACAAUACAGAGAGAGAAGAUAUCCAUUAUGGAUCUAUUGAUUUUCAGAAAAAAGCAACAGGGAGCAGCCAGGGAGAAGGGAAUACACAGUGGAACACACAAUCUUCAGAUACUGAACUGGCUCCUUCAGAGGAAGAUGUUUCAUCUGUCAUCUAUGCACAAGUAGCACAAGCAGGAUAUAAAUAAUCUUCACAGGAGAGGCAGGAAUAGCUUGGAGUCAGAUAUAUAAAAUAUAACGUUUCUGUGAAUUAAUAUUUUUAACCACAGAAAAAUCUGGAGCUUUCUUCCUAUGUACCUACUCUGAUUUAAUACAAUCAUUGCAUCAUACUUCUGAAACAUGAAAGCAACUUGCAAUAGAAAUUGAAU